AUGACCUUGGUGAAAGGGGUCGAUAAUAUGCGCAGCGUGUCCCCCAGAGUAUGGCUCCACUUGUCAUCAUGGUUGGUUGGCCUUGUGGGUAUUUUUCGGUGUGGGACUCUGCUCUUCCUUCCCUGGGAUGACUACUCAGCCAGCAACCAUGAAGCGGCCCAAACGGUGAACGACCAUCUGCCAGAGCAGCCUUUGAACCGGAAUGUGAAGCAUACUGUAGGGGGUGGAACCCCCGAAAAGCCCCAUGCUGAAGAGUCACGACUUCUGCCACGGCCUUACUGGGCCCCGAUCAGUGGCGCUCCAUUGACCUUUGACACAACUGCAGACCUGGAGGCUUUCUUGGCUCAACUGGGACAGCUUCUGUGCAAGGAACUGCGACACAGGCACUACAACACCCUGGGCAACCUGUUGCGCUUUUACAAGGACUACCGUGAAGGCAGCACCACCAGCCUGGCAACUUUCCUCCGAAACUACCCUGCUGAAGUGUUCGAGGAAGGCUUGUCAUGUGUCGGCUUGAGCCUGCACCUCUGUCAUGCCAUGGAGCAGCAGUUUCCCUAUGCACAGCCUUUCUUGGUCUCUUGCGAAGAGUGGAUCCCUGAUGUGGCAUCUUACUGCAGCCACGACCCGCCAGACGAUGCGUCCAGUGUCAAGGAGCAUGUGCUGGUGGCUCUGAGAGUGCUGGCGGGCACUCGCCGGGGUCUGGUCCUGCUGGAUCCGGGAUACCACGUGGGCUUUCCAGUCGUGGUCAUGGAUGAUGGCUGCGCUCCACACACUGGCCACUUUGUCCAGUCUCACACGGCCAAGUCCACCAAGGAGUACUGCUACGAGGCUUUGGGCGAAGGCUACGUGCUCUGGCGGGUGACUGAAACCCGCAUGGGGAGCAGCAAGACGUGGGACAACGUUCUGUACGUAGGCGGUGCCUUUCAGAGCGCACUCAGUUACUCGGAGAAACGAAAUCUUCUCUACGACUUUAGGACUCUGGUGGCACGCAGCAACGGUCAUGGCCCUACGGCAGGCGUCUACUGUAAACUGGAUGAGCUCAACCGCAAUCCUGUCUUCACGCUCUUCUAUAACAAGGACGGCCGGAGAACAGAGGCAAAACUGCCAUUCGGGUCAUUUGGCUCUGCCACACCACCAGCAGUCACAGAAUGUGCCCAACAGAUAGACAUGGCUCCCGACAAGCUACUGUCCCUCCUCACUGGAAUGGCUGACCUGUACGAAGAUGUGGACUUUGUCAACCAACUGCUCGACCUUAACCGCAGAGUGGACCCUUUUGAAGAGCUGAAAUAAAUUGCUGGCACAGUACUUCGUUGAAGAAUUCAGGUUCAUGUUACAACUGCUGCAGUAAAGAAUAAAUUGGGCUUGCAAAAGAGUU